AUGAUCAAUUUUUCAUUUGUUACUUUCAGGGCCUCUUUCAAUGAUUGGAACCUGCACUACGAAAAACUGACCGACAUGAUCGUACCGCGCUCUACACAGCUCGUCUCACAAGAUCAAGAUUACGGUACUUUCACAGUUUCGUUAUUCAAGAAAGUCGUAGACGAGUUCAAACUCCACGCUCGCGAGAAGAAAUUCAUCGUCCGCGAUUUCUCAUACAAUGAGGAGGAAUUGGCGGCUGGCAAGAACGAAAUCACCAAACUUGUCACUGACAAGAAGAAGCAAUUUGGUCCAUUGGUUAGAUGGCUGAAGGUGAACUUCAGCGAAUGCUUCUGUGCAUGGAUCCAUGUUAAGGCGCUACGAGUUUUUGUUGAGUCAGUACUCAGAUACGGCUUGCCUGUAAAUUUCCAAGCGAUAAUCUUGCACCCAAAUAAGAAGAGCAUCAAGAGAUUACGAGAUGUGCUCAAUCAAUUGUACGGACACUUGGACAGCAGUGCUCUACAAAGCUCCGGUGCUUCUGAGAACGUUGAUAUUCCUGGUCUGGGUUUUGGCCAAGCUGAUUACUAUCCAUAUGUCUACUAUAAACUGAACGUCGAUAUGGUUGACAACAAAGUUUAAAACAAACAAGAUGUAAAAUUUAAGCCAAUUAUUAAAUCACACACAAAAAACAUAUAUAUGUAUAUGAUGAUGAAGCUGAUCGAAUGAAUCCGUACUCAGAUAUGUUAAAUGUAAAAAAAUUUUAAUCAAGUAUUAUUAAAUCAUAUUUUAUCUGUAUAAUCAAAAUUUACCGAAUCACUUGCAUUUUUUUAUAAGUACGGUUGAACCGUUCAAGUAUUUUAUAAGUGAUGUCUCUGAUUGUGUAUUUUUCAAGGCACUUGAUUUUAUGUUCAUUGUUUUAAUAUCAAUGUGCCUUCUCGGUAGUAUAUAAAUUUUACAUAGUAAAUCCUGUUUUUGAUUUUAUCGCACAUUUUUUGUGUUGUUUUAAAUUAAUUUUACAAGAGACCAUCACUUAUAAGCUGUAAUUUUACUAAAACUAAAGUACAAUGGUAUUAUAUUUUAUUCAGGCUGGCUGAUUUAUGUGUAAAUUAUUGAAAAAUUGUUAACUAUUGAACAUAUAUAUAAAUAUAGGUUAAAUAUUGUAAAUUUUAUUUAAGUCUUCAAACCGACCCUACAUGUCCCCUUGAAAUUUUACUUCCCUGUGUAGAAAAAUGUCUUUUCGAUAUAUUGUUGUAUAUCUUGAUGUAUUCUAGUUUAUUAUAAUUUGUUGCAAGUUUGUUGUUCAAAAUGAUAAUAAUACAUAUGAUACACAAUAAUAGGAUAAUGAUUAACAAUACAAAAACCCAUAUUAUGUAGUGUGUAUUAUUUGAAACAUGUAAAUAAAAACAUUCCAC